GUCGUUCACUUUGCAACCGACUGUGCCGAGAGCGGUCGGGUCGAGGGUCAGGAUUAAUGAAGUAUAGCGAGGCAAGCUGACAUAGAAAGGACGUGAGGGAGAUCGGGGACUAGGGAGGGCACAAGUGGUCCGGGGAUAUCGGCGGUAACGACUUUUUUUUUUUUUUUUUUUUAUGCAAGGGGCUCACAAUGUGGCCCCGGGUGACCCAGAAUUUACUCCCGAGAUUAAUAGGCACAUUUUGUACUGGUGGCCGGGGAUUUAGUUCUGUUUCUGCUACUAAAUACCUUUAUAACCUCGUUUAAAGGUCUCUUUUACUUGAUUUACUUGAUGUCUUGAGCAAGCAGGUAGAUACGUCCAGUUAGUGUAGCUAGUAUAACAAAAGUUACAUUUUAUUAUGCUGUGGGCCAUUACAUAGGUUCACCCCCUAAAUUCCUAACUACAUUCCUAAGCCUAUCAUCUCCCUAAGGCUACCCCUCUUGUGUGACUUAUCUUAGCUGAAGGUCAGGCCCAGUCUCUAACAGAAGUUUUUGAUUGGAUCCUGGCAGUAGGGUUCGGGGAGGGGGUACGGGGGUGGGGUGGUGGUGGUGGUGGCUCUCCAGCCCCAGGGCAGAUCAAGGUGGCUUCUCUCCAGACAAUUGCUCUUGGUGUCUGCUUAUAUAAUUCCACUGGGUGGCAUGGGGUUCUAGGACUGGCUAGUUGUCUUGAAUGAGUGAUGAAACUGGGUUCUGAUUAUCAGGUGCUGCCUUUGGUGUAGUGGGGUUCCUUGACUAAACAUUUUUAUAUGUCUAAAAGGCAUCUUUCUUUCCUUCCUUCCUUCCUUCCUUCCUUCCUUCCUUCCUUCCUUCCUCCCUCCCUCCCUCCCUCCCUCCCUUCUUCCCCUCUCCUCUCUCUCCCUCCCUCCCUCCUUCCCUCCUUCCGGCUGGCCUUCCUUCCUUUCCUAUGCUCAUUAAAUUGCACUCUGAUGGUCUAAGAAUGUUUGCUUUUUUAAACUGAUUUUUUUUUUCACUCCUAAGACCAAGUUUCCCAGACACUUGCUGUGUGGUGUAGGCUGAGCUUGAAAGUGUAAUAUUCCUGCCUGAGCUUCUGGAGCAUUAGAAUUUACAGUCUCUCAUUACAUCCAACCCAGAAAGCAUCCUUCAGACCAAGAACAUUAGUGUCUGUCAUUAUGAUAAAAGACAAAAGUGAUUCCCAUAGAUCUGGGACACAAAGGCCCAGCCUAGCCUUUUUCUCUAGCCCAGUUAUUAGGAAUCUCUUAAUGGACCCUUUUAAAAUAUCUAGCUUAGCUUUGGGUAUCUGCCAAUAUUCCCUGUGACUCUCAGACCACAGUAGGGUGUGGGCUUUUCUGAGUAACAGUGACACACAGUUGCAUACUUACUAAAACCUUUGCUUUUUAAGGAGAGCCUCACAGUUUGUCACCCUCAGAAAACUAUAUGAAGAGAGAUACCUACUAGGAUUUCUGUGGUUCUUGUUUAUGAGAGCAAAGUACUGGACACAGUAGUGGACAGGGAUGGACUGAGCAAAUGAAGUGUGUGCUGAUCUCUUUGGUCAAUAAGGUUUAUCACAAGUGUGAGUGAGUGCACACUCAGCAGGCUGGGGCCGGAGGGUAGAGAGGUUGAGGUCUAAGCAUACACACGGAGACCCUGUCUGAAUAAGCAAGGAAAUGGAAGGUUUCAAAAGUUCUGAUGUGUAGGCAUCUCUUAGAGUUACCUAGCAGAAGGGUGCCUGGAAUAUCUGCAUUUUAAAAGUUUUUAGUUUAUGUUCAUUGGUGUUUUGCCUGUGGUUAUGUCAGUGUGAGGUGUCAAGAAGCCCUGGAAGGGGAGUUACAGACAGGUGUGAAUUACCAUGUGUGUGGUGGGAGAUCACGCACAGGUCCUCUGGGAGGGUAGCAGCUGCUCUUCAUGCUGAGUCCUUCCAGCACCAAGAAUCUAUAUUUAAAAAUUGUUUUUAAAAAGUCAGUCAGUCAGUCAGUCAGUCAGUCAGUGUGUGUGUGUGUGUGUGUGUGUGUGUGUGUGUGUGUGUGUGUGUGUGUGUUGGUUUGAAGCCACCCCGUGUGGAACCUCUGGAAAUGCUACAUGUGCUUUUGAUCCCUGAACCAUCUCACCAGCCCCCAGAAGGAGCAAGCGUCCUUGUGGCUUUGUAGAGCAUCUUUGGGGAAUAUGAUCACGUGGUAUAGCCGGGUCUUGAGGUAGAACUAGUCCCAAUUUUCUAAGAAACCAGCAAAUUGAUUUCCAGAGAGGUUGUACAAAUCUUUAUACCCAUCAGCAAUGUAAGAGUGCUCCCCUUGCUCCACAUCCUUGCCAGUAUGCGCUGUCAUUUGAGUUUUUGGUUUUAGCCAUUCUGAUGGGUGAAAGGUGGAAUGUCAGAGUUGUUUGAUUUGUAUUUACCUGCUGAGUAAGGAUGUUGAACAACUCUUUAAGUGUUUCUUAGCCAUUAAAGAUCUCUCUGGUGAGACUUCUCUGUUUAGCUCCGUACUUCAUGUUUUUUCUUUUCUUUUAUUGGAUAUUUUCUUUAUUUUACAUUUCAAAUAUUAUCCCCUUUCCAGGUUCCCCUCAGGAAACCCCCUAUCUCAUCUCCCCUCCCUCUGCUUCUAUGAGGCACCCACUUCCUCCUGCCUCCCCACUCUGGCAUUUCCCUACACCAGGGCAGCAAGCCUUCAUAGGACCAAGGGCUUUUCCUCCCAUUGAUGCCUGACAAGGCCAUCCUCUGCUACAUAUGUGACUGGAGCCAUGGGUGGCUCCAUGUGGACUAUUUGGUUGGUGUUUUAGUCCCUGGGAGAUCUGGGGUGUCUGAUUGGUUGUUAUUGUUGUUCUUCCUAUAGGGUUGCAAGCCCCUUCAGUUCUUUCAGUCCUUUCUCUAAUUCCUCCAUUGGGGACCCCAUUCUCUGUCCAAUGGUUGGCUGGGAGCAUCCACCUCAAUAUUUGUCAGGCUCUGGCAGAUCCUCUCAGGAGACAGCUAUAUCAGGCUCCUGUCAGCAUGCACUUUUGGCAUCAUCAAUAUUGUCUAGGUUUGGUGGCUGUUCAGGUAGAACAGGCUCUGAAUGGCCAUUCCUUCACUCUCUGCUCCAAACUUUGCAAACUGUGUCUCACUUCCUACUCCUAUGAAUAUUUUUAUUCCCCCUUUUAAGGACUGAAGCAUUGGCACUUUGGUCAUCCUUCUUUUUGAGCUUCAUGUGGUCUGUGGAUUGUAUCUUGUGUAAUUCGAGCUUUGGAGCUAAUAUCCACUUGUUACCUCACAUAGAAUAUUUUCUAGUUCCAUCCAUUUGCCUAUGAAUUUCAUAAAGUCAUUGUUUUUGGCAUUUCCCUACACCUGAAUAGUACUUCCCCAGCUGAAUAGUACUCCAUUGUGUAGAUGUACCACAUUUUCUGUAUCCGUUCCUCUGUUGAAGGGCAUCUGUGUUCUUUCUAGCUUCUGACUAUUAUAAAUAAGGCUGCUAUGAACAUAGUGGAGCAUGUGUCCUUGUUAUAUGUUGGAGCAUCAUUUGGGUAUAUGCCCAGGAGUGGUAUAGCUGGGUCCUCAGGCAGUUCAAUGUCCAAUUUUCUGAGGAAGCUCCAAACUGACUUCCAGAGUGGUUGUAACAGUUUGCAAUCCCACCAACAAUGGAGGAGUGUUCCUCUUUCUCCACAUCCUCACCAGCAUCUGUUGUCACCUGAGUUUUUUAUUUUAGCCAUUCUGACUGGUGUGAGGUGGAAUCUCAGGGUUGUUUUAAUUUGCAUUUCCCUGAUGACUAAGGAUGUUGAACAUUUCUUUAGGUACUUCUCAACCAUUUGAUAUUCCUCAGCUGAGAAUUCUUUGUUUAGCUCUGUAUCCCAUUUUUAAUAGGGUUAUUUGGCUCUUUGGAGUCUAACUUCUUGAGUUCUUUGUACAUAUUGGAUAUUAGCCCUCUAUCAGAUGUAGAAUUGGUAAAGAUCUUCUCCCAAUCUGUUGGUUGCCAUUUUGUCCUAAUGACAGUGUCCUUUGUCUUACAGAAGCUUUGCAGUUUUAUGAGGUCCCAUUUGUCGAUUCUUAUCUUAGAACAUAAGCCAUUGGUGUUCUGUUCAGGAAAAUUUCCCCAGUGCCCAUGUGUUCGAGGCUCAUCCCCACUUUCUCUUCUAUUAGUUUCAGUAUAUCUGGUUUUAUGUGGAGGUCCUUGAUCCACUUGCUCCUCUGGGCUUCACUGGAGGCCCGGUCCCCAGGGGACCUAGAGAAUUCUUUAUCUGGGAAUAUGCCAAGAAGCCAGUCAGCAAGGGUGGCAAGGAUGGCCUCUGAGGCCCUGAGGGACCCAGAGGUGCACACAGAACCCUCUCAGCUCACCACACACGCCAUGGGGGUCAACAUCUACAAGAAAGACCAGGAUGUGGCCAUGUGAACAGACUCAGAUACCCUGCAUGGCUGUUCCAGGUCUGGAAUGAGAAAAUCUACACUUCUGAUGUAAAGGACAAGAUGAAGUUCCUUACUUGUUAAUGAGGCCAGAGCACCACUGGAUGGAUAUGCGAUUUGGCCAGACAACAGCAGGGAGAGCACCUGUAGUCUCAGUGAGAAACGACUCAUUGUACCUCCUGCCUCCUACCAGAGCCCGCCUCAGCUUCUCCGGGCCUUCCUCCUAGGUUGGCUCAUCCCACUGCUCUCUAGAGACAGAAGUCCCAGCAGUUCAGUAGUAUUGCUUUGUCUUAAUUGCUUUAUUUUUCUAUUCACUUUCAUUCAUAGGGCCUCACUAUGACAUUCUGGCUAUCCUGGAACUUGCUAUGUAGACUGGCUGGCCUCAGACUCAUAGAGAUCUAUCUGCCUUUGCCUCCUGAAUACUGGAAGUGAAAGCAUGUGCCACUGUACCCAACAAUUCAUAAACAGGCAAAGAAUAAAUCUUGACUGUCACAUGAUCUCAGGCACAUCAAUGCUACUAUGAUAACAAUGGGGGACACUCCAGACAAGGCUCCCCUCUCCCACUCUGAUUUCUCGAGGACAUUCUGUUCAUUAUUAUACUUGACUUAAAAGAUUACUUUUUCUCUAUUCCUUUGAAUCCUGACAUUGGCCAGCUAACGAUGAACUCCAUAGACGGGAUAAACAGACUAGGAAUAGCCAGGGUCCUCAAGAUCCCUGACCCCAAGGAGAACAGAUGGGUGUACUGAGGAGGAAUCAGAGUCUUGCAGUCACGGUAUAACAUGGGGCUGCUUCAGAUGGCUCACAGCAGCUGUGAUUGACCUUGCGUUCCGGCAGGGUUGUGAUUUUGCCAGCAGCAGAUAGUUUCUGUGAUUGUGUGGCAUUGGGAAAUCCGAGGACUUUUCAGAAGGCAUACUAAGUGCCAGGGUCUCGAGAUUCAGACGCUGUGAUGUAGAUGCACCUGUUGAGGCUGGGCUCCCAACAAUCUCUUGACCUCUGCCUUGUAUCCAGUUUUGGUGGUGAUGGUCUCCCUUUGCUUUUACAGGCCACUUAAAUACCGGUACACCAUGCACCUGAGAUCUCAGCAUCUGGGAGGCUGAAGCGGGAAGAAGAUUGUUCUAAGUCUGAGGCCCAACUUCAAGAUGAUGGAAUCAGAUCCUGUCCAGGAAAGGAUGAUGUCAGAAGAUGGAAAAAUCUCAGACGCGUCCUUACCAGAGAGACAGCUGAAAGAAAUUAUAUUCUACACGCGCAGGUGAAAUCUCUGAAAGGGUACAUGGAGAACAAGAAAGCGGCUGUGGAGUUAGAGGACAUACCUUCUCCCCUUCAGGCUGGCUCUAAGUUUUUCCCAGCAGUCCCGAUUCCUGAUAUUCAUUCUCUUCAGGAACCUAAAGAACAGUUCUCAGCUGUUCCCAGGAAUGCCUCCACUAAGAACAACUUGGUGGGCCUUGCGAGUGACUUCCCCAGCAUGUGUAACCUACCUUCCUGCAAACACCUGUCGUGUUGUGGGCAGCUCCAUUUCCAGUCAUGUCACGGUAGCGUACACAAGCUGCAUCAGUUCCAGACUCUCCAGGGCUGUACCUGUGCUGCCUAUUUCCCCUGCUCUGACUUCCCAAGUGGGGCUCCUGGGCAUUUGGAAGAGUGCCUUUCCCCAUCUAUCCAGAGCUUACACCUCACCUUGUGCACCAACUCUCUCCACCUACAUGUGGCACCUCCGGUUUGUUUAAAAGGCUCACUUUACUGUGAAGACUGUCUAAACAAGCCAGCAAGAAAUAGCAUAACUGAUGCUGCUAAAAUCUGGCCAAAUAUACCACCUCCAAGUACUCAGCCUGCCCCUCGAGCUAUUCCUCUGUGUAAUCGCUGUGGAACAAAAGGGAUGGAAAAGGAGACCCCAUUGUUGUUGGCAACCAGUCUAGGCCAAGCUCCUUCAAAAUUUGGGUCACCAGAAGUUGCAGUCGCUGGACAGGUGCUGGAGACCCUCCCCCCCAUUGGUGUUUUCUGGGAUAUUGAAAACUGCUCAGUGCCCUCUGGCUGGUCAGCAACAACUGUUGUACAGAGAAUCCGUGAGAAGUUUUUUAGAGGACACAGAGAAGCAGAGUUUAUCUGUGUGUGCGACAUCAGUAAAGAAAACAAGGAAGUUAUUCAAGAGCUGAAUAAUUGUCAGGUCACUGUUGCUCACAUAAACGCUACUGCCAAGAAUGCUGCUGUUGACAAACUCCGCCAGAGCCUGCGAAGGUUUGCAAAUACGCACACUGCUCCGGCUACUGUGGUUCUUGUGUCAACUGAUGUCAAGUUUGCAUUAGAACUCAGUGAUCUCAGGCACCGGCAUGGUUUCCACAUCAUUUUGGUCCAUAAAGACCAGGCCUCUGAAGCCUUGUUACAUCAUGCUAACCAGCUGAUCAGAUUUGAAGAGUUCACUUCCGAUCUAUCCCCCAGGUUAUCGCUGAAGAUUCCUGAGCUCUGCCGAAUGGAACCAAAGCCUGGCCAUAGAAACCAUGACCAUCAUCAGCAAGGCCAUGGGAGGCUGGCCACACUGCCUAACGGUGGCCCAACCGCUUCAGUGCCCACACUGAAUAACACAGGUGUGACGGAGCCACUUCAAAGAAGCAGUCAGAAAAAAGAGAAUCUCAGUCCCCAGAGCAUUGCCAGCUCUCCCGUAGAGAAGAAAAAGAGAGAGGGGACUGUCUUCCAAGUGAGCUACCCAUCUGCGUUCAGCCAGCUUAUCACCUCAAGGCAAGUCAGUCCUCUGCUCACCCCUCAGUCUUGGUCUCCGAGGAGUAUGUCUCCAAACCUUUUGAACACCGCCUCGCCACUCGCUUUCAACACUGCCAAUCCCAGCAGCGCUGCUGACUGCUCAGACCCAUUUGCAAACGGUGUUGACAUCCAGGUCAGCAAUGUGGACUACAGGCUGUCCCGGAAGGAGCUGCAGCAGCUUCUCCAGGAAGCCUUCUCCAAGCAUGGCCAGGUGAAGAGUGUUGAGCUCAGUCCCCACACUGAUUACCAGCUCAAGGCCUUCGUGCAGAUGAGAAGCCUGCAUGAUGCAAUCUGCGCCAUGAACAGCCUUCACAGGCACAAAAUCGGCAGCAAGAAGAUCCUGGUCUCUCUCUCCACAGGAGCUGCCAACAAGUCACUCGCUUUACUCCGUACAGAAACAAUAUCUAUUCUUCAGGACGCUCCUGCCUGUUGUUUGAAUCUCUUUAAAUUCAUAGACAUCUAUGAAAAGAAGUAUGGACACAAGUUAAAUGUGUCUGAUUUAUACAAAUUAACAGACACGAUUGCAAUCCGUCAACAGGGAAAUGGGCGGCUUGUGUGUCUCUUACCCAGUAGCCAGGCCCACCAGAACCCACUGGGCUCUUCCCAGUCUCAUGAUGGCUCCUCUACAAACUGCAGCCUAGUUGUCUUUGAACAAUUGGAGUAUCACGAACCUGUCUGCAAGCAGCACUGCUCGAACAAGGACUUCAGUGAACUUGUGUUUGACCCAGACUCUUACAAGGUUCCUUUUGUGGUUCUCUCUUUGAAAGUGUUCGCACCUCAAGUUCAUAGUCUCCUGCAGACCCACGAGGGCACUGUGCCUUUGCUGAGCUUUCCAGAUUGCUAUGCCGCGGAGUUUGGUGACCUAGAAUUUACACAAGACAGCCACAAGGGUGUCCCCUUAGAGCACUUCAUCACCUGCAUUCCAGGAGUGAACAUUGCCACUGCUCCGAAUGGCGUCAAAGUAGUGAAGUGGAUUCACAACAAGCCCCCAUCUCCCAACACUGACCCCUGGCUUCUUCGUUCUAAAAGCCCUGUGACAAAUCCUCAGCUGAUUCAGUUCAGCAGAGAAGUCAUUGAUUUACUAAAGAACCAACCAUCCUGCAUGCUACCGAUCAGUAACUUCAUCCCUUCGUACCAUCACCAUUUCGGAAAGCAGUGCCGGGUUUCAGACUAUGGCUAUUCCAAGCUGAUUGAACUACUAGAAGCUGUGCCUCAUGUGUUGCAGAUCCUUGGAAUGGGCUCCAAGCGUCUGCUGACCCUCACUCACAGGGCCCAGGUGAAACGCUUCACUCAGGAUUUACUAAAACUCCUCAAGUCCCAGGCCAGCAAGCAGGUCACUGUGAGAGAUUUCUCACAGGCUUAUCACUGGUGUUUCUCAAAGGACUGGGAUGUCACGGAAUAUGGUGUUUGUGACUUGAUUGAUAUAAUAUCAGAGAUCCCAGACACAACUAUUUGCUUGUCCCAACAAGAUGAUAACAUGGUCAUUUGUAUCCGAAAAAGAGAACGAACUCAGGAUGAAAUAGAAAGGACAAAGCAGUUCUCCAAAGACGUUGUGGACUUGCUGCGUCACCAGCCCCAUUUCCGGAUGCCCUUUAACAAGUUCAUUCCCUCUUACCACCACCACUUUGGCCGGCAGUGCAAACUCGCAUAUUAUGGAUUUACCAAGUUGCUUGAACUUUUGGAAGCCAUACCUGAGAUUUUACAAGUGUUGGAAUGUGGAGAAGAGAAAAUCCUGACUUUGACUGAAGGGGAGCGAUUCAAAGCUCUAGCCGCCCAGUUUGUUAAGCUUUUGCGGUCCCAAAAGGGUAACUGCCUCAUGAUGACAGACCUGUUCACAGAAUAUGCGAAAACUUUUGGUUAUACGUUUCGUCUCCAAGACUAUGAUGUCAGUUCAGUCUCAGCUUUGACACAGAAGCUCUGCCAUGUCGUAAAGGUCGCUGAUACGGAGUCUGGCAAACAAAUCCAACUGGUCAACCGGAAGUCUUUGCGGCCUCUCACUGUUCAGUUGCUGUUGUUGUUGAUGUCUUGGGAAGGAGAUGCUUAUCUUCCCGUAGAUGAGCUCAAGAGACAUUAUGAAGCCACUCACAGUACUCCUCUCAACCCCUGUGACUAUGGAUUCAUGGCUUUGACUGAGCUACUGAAGAGUCUGCCUUCUUUAGUAGAGGUUUUUACUAAUGAUAAGGCAGAAGAGUGUGUGACGCUCACAAGCCUAUUCUUGUUUGCAAAGAAUGUGAGGUCCUUGCUUCAUACCUAUCACUACCAGCAGAUUUUACUUCAUGAAUUUGCCAUGGCUUAUACCAAAUAUAUCGGAGAAACGCUGCAGCCCAAAACUUAUGGCUACAGCAGUGUGGAGGAGCUACUGGGAGCCAUUCCACAGGUGGUGUGGAUAAAAGGACACGGUCAUAAGAGAAUUGUAGUGUUAAAAAACGACAUGAAAAAUCAGCUAAGUUCAUUUGACCUUUUCCCUGUCAAUCAUGAACACCAGCCUGCAGUUAGCAGGCAGAUCCUGGAGGUGCCAGAAUCCCAUCUAGCCUCAGAACUCCAUCUUGGAACAGGACUCAGCCAGAUGGAGCAGGAGCUUCUGCACUUGGCCAACAGCUCCCCUGUUGACCUCCUCUGUACUCCUGUUCCUUCAUGCCUGCCAUCCCCUCAGCUAAGACCAGAUCCUGUCAUCCUGCAGCCCACUGAUCUCAUUCAGUUUGAGGAACACCCUCAGGAGCCUUUGGGAGUUUUAUUUUUAAACCAAGAAGAAAAAACAGAAAUUCCAAUACCAGUAAGGAAGGGGAACCUGUCCUGUGACUCCUCAUCCAAUAGCCCAGCAUCUGUUUCUGCUCCUCCCAAACCCUCCUCAGAAGCCCCUGGGCCACUGAUCAGCAAGGAUGCAGUGGAAAGCCCAGCAAAAAAGAAGCCCACAAUUAGAGUCAAAUUGGCAGCCAGUUUUUCAUUUGCACCUAUGACCAAGCUCUAACUCCUAUUUUGAAGACAGAAUUAAAUUAGGAUGGGGUGGGGGUUGGGGAUUUAGCUCAGUGGUAGAGCACUUGCCUAGGAAGCGCAAGGCCCUGGGUUCGGUCCCCAGCUCCAAAAAAAAGAACAACAACAACAACAAAAAAAUUAGGAUGGGGUGGGGGAACUGUCUACACGCAAAAAAUAGAUGUAAAAACCCCAUCUUAUGUCUUGACCCCAGAAGCCACUUUUAUUAAUGGUCCAUAGGGAAAUGUUUGUUCCCAACUUUCAGAUGAACGUUUUCUUCCUUUUCUUCCGGUUAUUUGAAAUAACCCCAUUAAGGAAUCUGUAAUAUAUUUACCAGAUUUUUCUAGACUAUUGUGAAUGGUGGUGGUUGGGAAGAAAGAGAGAUCACCCAGCAGGAAGUGGCUUGAGUCCCAUUGAGCAGCCUCAAUUAUUCAUUUAAGCAAAUGGACUUGAGGUUGUUCAAGAAGCCAAACAUGUCCGUAAGCCUGUGGGUCACACACUGGGGCAUGAGUGAGUGGCAAGAGAGCCAUUUUCAGGUUGGCAGGAAAGUUCCUGGCUUCUAGGGGACUUGUUGAUGUGCCUUGUUUUUUAUGUAACUAUGUCUGUGGUUAACCAAUGUGGCCUCAUCCCAUUUUUUUUUAAACAUUUCCAUUUGGGGAUCUCAUUUAAUAAAGAGCUUUCUA